UGAGCGCUGCAUUCAUAACGAAACGAAACGAGCGAGCGAGCGAACGUUGUACGACGGAAGCGAGUUGUGUUUAAUAGCAACCAAGCGAAAGAUCACACUUAGCACCGCGACAGGAUCCGAACACAAAAACAAAAAGUGUUAUUAAUGUGAUUUAAAAGAAAUUUCAACGAAUUUUGUGCAGGAUACAAACGUAUAACGGCGAAUCGCAAACGAAAAAAUAAAUUCAAUAAAUUAAUAGCGAGUAAAAUAGAAAAAAAAGCAGAAAGUAGUGCAGAAAACGAAAAAAAAAUUAAAAAAAACACGAAUUGUUAAUGAAUGCGUAAUUUGAAUAUAUUUUUUAAAUAAAUUACGCAAAUUUAAAAAUAUACAAGCGAAUAAUAUCGAAACGAUUUUGUAAAGUAAAAACGAAGCAACUGCAUAUAUUUUAGCUAUCGAUGCAGUUCAAUAUAAAACGAAGAUCUAUAAAUCUUUUAAACGAAAAAUAAAGCGCUGAAAGCGAAACAAAAGCAAACGAAAAGCGUUAAACAACGAAAAACGCUAAAAGAGUAAACAACGAAAAAUAUAAAAUUGCGAAAAAAAUAUUUUGUUUGAAAAUAAUUAAUGUAAUUAAAAAUCAAGCCACAAAAUAUAAAACGAAAGAAAAUUAAACGAACAUUGCACCAAGACAAAUAGUAACGAGAAUUGUUUUUUAAAAAAUUUCUACAAGCUGUGGCAUCUCAAAUCGAUCCAACGCCGCAAAAAGCCGAACUGUGUAUAGAAACCGUUAAAGCGCACUGCGAUAAAGCUUGUAGUGUAGCAUACAGUAUAAAAUAGCAAAGCGAAAUCAUAAAAACAGGUAAAGGCAAGAUUCUUCUAGCCAUAAUUCUUAUCAGCUGAGUGUCUACAGCAGCAAAAAGCACAGCAUAACGCAAGUCGCAAAAUAAGUGUAAUAAAAUAGUCAAAAAGAAACACUAAAAGAUAAAGAGACGCAGCGCAAAGUUAAGUGUGCGCCCAUAAUACACACACAUACAAACAUUUGUACAUGAGCAAAGGUACAGCGCUAGCAGCGAAGGCAGCUAAUUAAAUACGAAACAGUUGUGACGACGAAUGCACGUAAGCGUGAUGAAUUGACUGCAAAGACACGGCAAAAGUUGCAAGAAUUAUUUAAAAAAAUAUUCAAUUUGCGUAAAAUAAUAAAGUAAAGUCAGAAAAGCAGCGAGUGCAAGCGGAAAAGUGCAAAAACACGCAAAGUAACAGUGAAAUUUACAGCAACGCUGCCAAAAGACAACAAGCAAGUGCAAAACGCGAGACGUUAAUUUUUAUAAUUUAUUAAUUACGAUUAACAAAGCAAAUACGAGCACAACGGUAAAUACGUGCAAGAAAUUUUGUGAUUUUUAAUAAUAGAAGUGGGAAAAAACACAAGUAAUAUAUUAAAACUUGUAUGCCAGCAGCUUAAGAAUAAGCCAAGUGGACUUAGAGGUGCAUAACGGUAACAUUAAUCAAAAGCAAAAGCAAAGGAAAAGUACACAAGCACACAGGCGCAUUAACAUCUAUACAAGUAAUAAAUUAAAGCAACGUGUACUGAAGUGUUUUAGAACAGCGCUAGAAAAUAUACACACACAUGCAUACAUGCAUGCAUGUUUGUGUGAAGCACGCUUAAGAUAGCAGACAAUAUUUGCUGGCGCGAUAAAGUAUAAAUUUUUGAAACAACACACACAUACACACGCAUACCUGCGCACUUGUAAAUUCUCAAGCAAAAUAAUAAUAAUUUUGCAGUUCUCAUGCUCAAAAGCAAAUAGCAAUAAGAGCAACAGCAACAACAAACAUUAUUAAAGUGAUACUAAAGUACAAAGUAAAAGUUGAAAUACGAAAGGCGUUUACUAAGAGGAAGAGGCGAACCGGUUCGCAUAUUUCGCAAAGCAAUACAAUAAUACGGCGGUAAAGAACUAAAAAUAAAUAAAAGUUUAAUAUUUAUCGCAUAAUCAAUCUCGCGCAACCCAGGCGACGGCAAGACAACAACUCGACUAUAAGUGACGCAAAACAAUUUGCAAUUAUCGAACUGCUGUAAGGUCGUUAACAGCAGUACAACAACGCGCGUUGAAAAGAAGCGUCUACACCAUAUAACAUCCUCAUCAUCUUCGUCAACGUCCUCCUCGUCCACAUCAUCGUCCGAAAUGAAGACGGCAGCACUGAAACGCGACUUGAGCGAAAUCAAAAAUUCCAUGUCCGAAAUCACCGAUCUGGUCGGUCGCAAUACGAACAAUGCGAGCAGCGGUGGUGGUCUGGGCAGCAACAAAAAUCUGGCCAUCUCAGCGUCAGCGCAUCAGCCAUCCAUAAACGAUCUCACACAAAUCAAUGCGCUGAACAGCUCGGAUGCCAUCAACAAAUUGAAGAAGAAAAUCCGCUCAUCCAUUGAAAAUCUCGUCGACAGCGAUGCCGAACCGUUAGUAACAUUUCCCGACACAGAUGACGAUCAUCAUAAUUUAGCCGAUUUGGUGAGCGCUUCGAAUGGCAAAUUGACCGCCAAUGGACUGAAUGGGUCGGGUAAAAUCGUCGACACCGUUAAAUUCGAAGAGAAACGCACGAAGACCGAAUCGAAGACGAAGGUCGUAGCCGAUGGUUUCAGUACGGAGCAGGCAACCAGUAAUUUGGCCGAAAUGAAACGGCUACAAACGGGUGAUAUCGAUUAUCAGGAGGCUAAGGCGGCAGCAGCGAUGCGAAAUCGCACCGAAAUGGAUGGUGUGAAAACUGAGGAGAAUGCUGCCGUUAUACAGGAAGCCCUCUCGCUACGCACUGGCGAUAUAACUCAACAGGCUAGCAACAAUGUGGCUGCCGCCAGUAUUAAAGUGCAAAGUGACACCUUCUCCGCCGACAAGAAAGCCAUCUCACAGUCGCAACAAUCACAGACGAUGACCUCGAACGGCAUCAUCAGCCAGGAGAAGCAUAUGUCAUCCGCUUCGCAAGCGAAUUACACAAUGACCCAUAAGGGUGUCUCCAGUUCGGGCAGCAGCAUGAUCUCGUCCUCCUCACAAAUGUCCGCCACCAAUGGGGCGCUCAUCAAAUUGCACGACCUAAAAUUGGACGAUCUGAAGGCACUGACAUCUGGCAGCGGACAGCGAGAGAUUGAACAGGCUAUCGCUAAAUAUUCCCGCGUACUGACAUCAUUCGUAAAUACGCUGGAGGACUCGAAGGCAGCGCAAGAGAAAUCGUUGUAUUUGGAGAAAAUCAAUGAGGUUAUGCAACGCGCUUGGGCUGUGCCCACACACGGUCAUGAGCUCGGCUACAGUCUAUGCAACUCAUUGCGCAAUAGUGGUGGUUUAGAUUUGCUCAUGAAGAAUUGUGUACAGGGUGAUAUGAAAAUCAAGUUCUCAUCGGCCAAAUUGUUGGAGCAAUGCUUAACCACAGAAAAUCGUACACACGUCGUGGACAAUGGUCUCGACAGAGUGGUGAAUGUGGCCUGUAUGUGCACAAAGGAACCAAACACCGAGCAUUCGCGUGUGGGUACCGGCAUACUGGAGCAUCUAUUCAAACACUCGGAGGGUACGUGCUCGGAUGUCAUCAAAUUGGGUGGUCUCGAUGCUGUGCUCUUCGAAUGUCGUACAAAUGAUGUGGAGACUUUGCGUCAUUGCGCCAGUGCCUUAGCCAAUUUGUCACUCUAUGGUGGCGCUGAAAAUCAAGAAGCUAUGAUCUUUCGCAAAGUACCCAUGUGGUUAUUCCCGUUGGCCUUCCAUGACGAUGAUAAUAUAAAAUACUACGCCUGCCUUGCAAUUGCCGUACUCGUGGCGAAUAAAGAGAUCGAAGCUGAAGUGCUUAAAUCAGGUUGUCUCGAUUUGGUGGAACCCUUCGUCACCACACACGAUCCCUCCGAAUUCGCGCGCUCCAAUUUAGCGCAUGCUCACGGACAAAGCAAGCAUUGGUUAGAACGUUUGGUGCCAGUAUUGAGUUCGAACCGUGAAGAGGCACGCAAUCUCGCCGCUUUUCAUUUCUGCAUGGAGGCGGGCAUUAAACGUGAACAAGGCAAUACAGAAAUCUUUCGCGAUAUUGGCGCGAUCGAAGCCCUAAAGACUGUAGCGAGUUGCCCGAAUGCGAUCGCAUCUAAAUUCGCCGCGCAAGCGCUUCGUCUUAUCGGCGAAACCGUGCCACAUAAACUCUCGCAACAAGUACCAUUAUGGUCGGUCGAAGACGUGCAAGAAUGGGUGAAACAAAUUAAUUUCGGUCAGUUUGUGAAACAGUUCGAGGAGUCUCAAGUUGAUGGUGAUCUCUUGUUGAAGCUGAAUGAGGAAAAUCUACGCGAUGAUAUUGGCAUCGCGAAUGGCAUACUGUUGAAACGUUUCGAACGCGAGCUGCAAAAUCUCAAACGCAUGGCCGACUACUCAUCAAAAGAUACGGCAAAGAUGCAUCAUUUCUUGGCCGAAAUCGGUUCAGAGUACUGCACCUACACAUAUGCAAUGCUGAAUGCCGGCAUAGAUCGGAACUCGCUGCCACAGCUGAAUGAGGAUAUGCUCAUUGCUGAGUGUGGCAUCAAGAACUCCAUACAUCGGUUGCGUAUACUGAAUGCCGUAAAAAACCUGGAAAACUCAUUACCCAGCUCGUCGGAGGAGAAUAUGGCAAAGACCUUGGAUGUCUUUGUCAGCUAUCGGCGUUCGAAUGGCUCGCAGUUGGCCAGUUUAUUGAAGGUUCACUUGCAGUUGCGCGGUUUCUCGGUGUUCAUCGAUGUUGAGCGCCUGGAAGCGGGCAAAUUCGAUAAUGGACUGCUAAACAGUAUUCGACAGGCGAAGAAUUUCGUUUUAGUAUUAACACCAAAUGCGUUGCAACGCUGCGUGGAUGACGACGAUGGCAAGGAUUGGGUGCAUCGCGAAAUCGUCGCGGCGUUAAAAUCAAAUUGUAAUAUUAUUCCUAUAAUUGAUCAACAAUUUAUGUGGCCAGAGACCGAUCGCUUGCCAGAAGAUAUGCGCAGCGUUUGCCAUUUCAACGGCGUCACGUGGAUACAUGACUACCAGGAUGCCUGCAUCGAUAAACUAGAGAGAUUCAUGCGUGGUGAGAAGAAUUUGGAUCGCCUUGUGGGCAUACCCAGCACACCGGGCUCGGUGACCUACCAAAGAAUGCACAGCAAUGACUCCGACUAUCAGCAGAGUGUGGGCGGCGGCAGCGUCGGCGGCGGUGGCAGUGGCGUUGUAUGUGUCAGCGGUGCCGGUGGUGCGGCGAAUAGCAGCGGACAAGCAGCUAAUCACCAGGCAAAUAGAUACCGGCAAUCCCCUUCACCGGCCAGACAACGGAUCGGCGGCAGCUGCGGGCCGCUCGGCAGCAACGGUCAACUGAGCAUGUUCGGGCGUGGUUCGAAGCGCAACCUAAUCACGCCGUACCGCACACAACAGACAAUGGCGCAGCCGAAGGCGCUGCUGAUGGGUGGCUCCAUGCAAAAUAUGUCGCCGGCUGGCUAUCGGCCACCCCGGCGCAGCUCGGCCAGUGGCAUUAACAAUGGCAAUAGCAAUGGCGCGGCAGCCGGUGCUGCCACUAAUUAUCGCAGUCAUAGUGUCGAUGAAUUGCUGGACACCACCGACGGUUUGGGCUCCAACGAUCGUAUUGCCGAUAUGGCGGCACGUGUUACGGCCGGCAGCACAGCGCUGACCAACGCCAGUUCGACAAGCACAUUGCAACCGGGCAACGAUUAUGCCUCGUCGGUCGGUUCGCUGUCCGAGUUUUCCAGUGAAGCGCCGCCGCAAGCGGUCGCUAGACGUGAGAAGAGCGCCAAUAUGCCAACGAAUGCGCAGCACCGUAAAUCGCGUUCGCUCGAUCAUUUCCUCGAUGACAAGACGUUAGCGUUGGUGGUGGCGUCGCAACCACAGCCGGCGCUCAUGGAAGGUACGCAGAGUAUGCAGAAUCUUGCCACACCCGCAACGCCCGAUCUCAAACGCGGCACACGCACACAACCGUUGACGCAACGCGGCGACAGCGUGUCCACAUCCAGCGCCGCAACCACGCCCGAACCGGCCGAUGUCGGCUUACGGAAGGCGCACGGCGGCGGCAUGCUGCCUGUGACGCGUCGCAGCCCAGAGGGUGUCAGCUCGACGGAUGAUACACAAUCGUUGCGCAGCAGCAAUACCUCAUGCGGCAGCAUGUUCAGAUCGCAGGUGCGCGCGUCGGCGCACACACAUCGCGGCAGUCAGAAUAGUGGCAAAACGUCGUCAACUUCGCUGAGUAGCAAUGCGCCCGGAAACAACACGCACAGCAACAGCAACAACAACAACAAUGCAAACAAUAAAACCAUUCUGAAUCGAACAAUUAAAAAAGUUCGUUCGCUGAUGAAAAAUAACGACUUAGACGACGACGAAAUACGUGAUUUAAUAUUAACAAAAACAACAACACCAUCCUCCAGCAGAAUUAUAUUUUGCUAGUAUCAUACAGAUUAUAAAUACGGACGAGCGGCACCUGUCAGCAAAGCAGUUGACCGAGUAAUUGCAAGUAUUUGAAGUAGUUGUAUUUUGGAACAGACGCUUCCAAUAUCUUUUCAAGCGCCAUGGAGCAAGCGCCUUUUGCUGCUUUUGUCUCGCUUACAAAAGUAAUUACGAAGAACUUAAGCUCCAACUAGUGCAUAGCUUUAAAAGGCUUAAUGCGCGUUACGCCUGAGAAAUCGAGUAAGAAGGAUAAGGGUUAGCUGUAUAUUUAACAAAAUUAUAUCUACCGAAAUCACCCUAAUCUAAUUUACUAACGAAAAUUGUUUACACUAUUUUAAAAUUGUAAUUGUUAAGAAUUUUCGUAUGUACAACGUUUUGUAAAAAUGGAAAAUUAUGAAUUCAAUUUUACAAAGCAAGCAACGAAUCGAAAUAAAUGUUGGAAGUAUUAUUCUUAUA